AUGGUCAACGCUAAAGACCCUUUUCCUUAUUCGCAUCAGAUGGUCAACGCUAAAGACCCUUUUCCUUAUUCGCAAAUGAGAAUUAACGAUUACACCCCAUUGUUGGUCGGAAAGGGAGUGAGCAGCACUGAUAUCCAAAGCUACGUCCCCGUCGUCGAGCAAGCAAUUGGCGCAUUGUUAGAUAGUUUGAUUCAAAGAAGAGCAGAGACGAUAUCGGUAGCUGGAAUUUAUCCAAUAGGAUGCAGUGCGACGUACCUAACAGUCUUCCAACAAGACCUUGGUCCUAAAACUGGAUGCGUCGAGUGGGUGAACGAUCUCGCAAGGCGCCACAACCUCCAGUUGCAACUUGAGCUAAACCGCCUCCGAAGAACUCACCGGCAUUCGAAGAUCUCGUAUGCUGAUUACUACGGCCCCAUGAUGCAUCUCUAUAAGCAUCCAGGCACAUUUGGCGUAAGGGAGAAGCUGGCCGCGUGCUGUGGCGGAGAGGGGCCGUACAACUUCUCACUGUCCAUCUCCUGCGGGAGCCCAGGCUCGAGCUUGUGCAGUGAUCCAUCGAGCUAUGCUGGCUGAGGCAGCUAACUCGAUAGUCGCUCGUCGCAUAUUAAAAU